ACGCGGAAGCGUUUUGUUGUGCUGAACCGGGAGCCAUGAACGCGCCUCCGGCCUUCGAGUCCUUCCUGCUUUUCGAGGGGGAGAAGAAGAUUACGAUAAAUAAGGAUACCAAAGUUCCAAAUGCCUGUCUGUUUACCAUCAACAAGGAAGAUCACACGCUCGGGAAUAUCAUUAAGUCGCAGUUAUUGAAAGACCCUCAGGUGUUGUUUGCAGGGUACAAGGUCCCUCAUCCGCUUGAGCACAAGAUCAUCAUUCGUGUUCAGACCACUCCCGAUUACAGCCCCCAAGAAGCUUUCACCAACGCCAUCACGGAUCUCAUCAGCGAGCUCUCCCUCCUCGAGGAGAGGUUCCGGGUCGCCAUCAAAGACAAGCAAGAAGGGAUUGAAUAGUAACGUGGCUCUUUAGCGUGUACGUUUGUAAAUUAAUACAUUUGUUUUUCGUGUAUAGCAGCCUCUUGAAUAGCAAGUGUUUAAAAUGUUUUAAGAAAUGUGUAUCCCAGUGUUGACGCGUAUGUUAGAUCUAGUUGGCUUAUUUGUCGGCUAAUAAAUUAUACUUUUUAAAAAAU